AUGACUUCAAUUGACAAAGAGAAGGACCUUAGCGGAGACGCUGUCCGUACCGAUUCAAAUACUUCUCAACUAGGAAAAGACACUGAGAAUAUGGAAAUCGGCGAGGUCUAUUGCCAUCCGACAGCUGCAGAAGAGAAAGCACUAUUGAGAAAGAUUGACUGGCGUUUGAUGCCAUUACUGACCGCCUCCUAUUUCCUGCAAUUCCUCGAUAAAAGCAGUCUUAAUUAUGCUUCAAUAAUGGGUUUGAUACCUGACACUGGGCUUGUGGGACAGGAAUAUUCAUGGUUAGGAAGUGCUUUCUAUUUUGGCUAUCUGAUAGCCAACUACCCAGCCUCCUUGGGCUUCGUCAAGUUUCCACUGGCAAAGUACCUGUCGGUCUCAAUUGUCAUCUGGGCCAUUGUCUUAGGAUGUCAUGGUGCUGCCAAUAACUUUGUUGGACUGUGUGUUCUCCGCGUUCUCUUGGGAAUCACGGAGAGUACUGUUAGUCCUGGGUUCAGUUUGUUGACGGGAAUAUGGUAUAAGCCUUCUGAGCAUGCUUGGAGACAUGGAAUCUGGUUUCUGGGAAAUGGAAUUGCCAAUACCUUUGGGGGGUUACUAGCCUAUGGCAUUGCUCACAUUGGAGGAAGUUUGGGAUCAUGGAGAUGGCUGUUUAUCAUUUUCGGGUUGAUUACUGUCGCCUGGGGUGUCCUACUUUAUUUCACUUUGCCGGAUGCCCCCUUAACUGCUCGAUCCCUCACUCAACGCGGUUUCAAGACAAAUGAGUGGUCAAGAUCUCAAUGCAUCGAGGCUCUGGUUGAUCCUAAAACGUGGUUGAUAUCCCUAAUCAUUGCUGUGGCUUCAAUUACCAAUGGUGUGGUUUCAAAUUUCGGAUCCUUGAUCAUCAAAUCCUUCGGUUUCGGCCAACUGGAUACCAUCUUACUUGGCAUGCCCAACGGAGGUUUCCAAGUUGCAGCUGUCAUUGCUGCAACCUACACAGCUUCCAAAGUUCGAAGGUCUCGUCUUAUAGUUAUCGUUGUUGGAUAUAUAUUUGCUUUGAUUGGUAUAUUGUUGGUCAAGGAACUUCCAACAUCCAACAAAUAUGGACGUUUGGUCGGAUGCUGGAUGAUGAUCUUGUUUUCCUCCGCCUUCCCUCUUCUUCUCAGUUUGAUGGCUAGCAAUACAGCAGGAUUCACCAAGAAAACCACCGUCAAUGCUAUCUUCUUCAUCGGAUACUGUGCUGGCAACAUUGGUGGGCCCCAGCUAUUCAAUCCGCAGAAGCACCAAAGUACCACAUAUGGACUCUCUAACCUAUCAUGCGAUUGUUGA